AUGGAUUACAGAUCAUCUAUCGAAUCAUCAGAAACCCUAAGGAACAAGUGCGCAGCUUGUUAUAGGCAAUUCAACAAAAUGGAACAUUUAGUGGAGCACAUGAAGAUCUCUUAUCACUCCGGUCAUGAGCCUACUUGUGGCGUUUGCAAGAAACAUUGCCGAUCUUUUGAGUCCCUCCGGGAACAUCUCAUAGGACCAUUGCCAAAACAAGAAUGCAAGAACAUUUUUAGCCUUCGCGGAUGCAGAUUCUGCAUGAUGAUCCUCGAAAGCCCAAACGCUCGUAGGAUCCAUCAAGAGAGAUGUCAUUUUUCGAGCCUCAAUGCUGGAUUGACGACUCGUAUGGCGGCCUUAGGCCUAAGAGAUAAGGCCUUAAUCGACUACACGUCCUCGCGGUUUCCAAAAGUGGUGGCACUCUCUUGCAAGAUGGUAGGAGGAGGAAGCGAUGGGUCAUUGGAUCUAUGCGCAAGGGUCUGCAUAACUGAUGAGAGUGACAACGUUGUGUUUCACACGUACGUGAAACCGUCAAUGGUCGUGACGAACUAUAGGUACGGGACGACUGGGAUACGUCCGGAGAAUUUAAGGGAAGCAAUGCCGUUGAAACAUGCUCAAAGAAAGAUCCAAGAAUUUCUUUGUAAUGGAGAACCCAUGUGGAAGAUUCGUCCAAGAGGUGGGAGAGGGAGGAUUCUCGUGGGACAUGGGCUCGACCACGAUCUUGACCGCCUUCAACUUGAAUAUCCUUCUUCCAUGAUGAGGGAUACUGCAAAAUACCCUCCGUUGAUGAAAACAAGCAAGCUGAGCAAUUCUCUCAAGUACUUAACCCAAGCCUAUCUCGGGUAUGAUAUUCAUGUUGGGAUACAAGACCCAUACGAAGAUUGUGUAGCGACGAUGAGGCUGUACACAAGAAUGAGAUAUCAGAAACACAAGAUUGAAGCUUAUCCUCAAGCUGCCGACUCACAGAACCGUAGCAAUCAAGUGGCUUGGCGGCAGAACGAGGUCGAGAAGAUGUCUCCUGAUGAAAUGCUCUCUAUCUCUCGCUCCGACUAUUAUUGCUGGUGCUUGGACUCCCUCGCUUGAUUUCUAAAACUAUGGGGCUAAUUUGAGUAAUCUCUCACAACUACUACACAAACUCUUUUCGGGAUUCUAAUCUAGUAGCUUGGCGUUGAAUAAGCAUUAUUUCUGAUUUCUAAUAGUAUCUAAAAUUUAUAGUAUGUUGUGUUUGAUGCGGAUAUUGUUCUUGUACUCGUAAUAAUGAAUUGCUCUUAAUUAUUAAUUGCUUAAAAAACUUAAUUACUAAUCUCUUGUUAGCUUUCGUCUAUAAAUACACAGACAUAUAAAAAAUAUAUAUAUAUAUACAUAUAAAACGGUAACUAUAUAUUUUUCUCUAUAAACACACAAAAAUAACGUAACUACAUGGCCACCAGUCCACCGUAAUUUGAAGUUUCAAAUAUUAUCAUUUGAAAAAACUGAGUUUCACUCUGUAACAAGACGGUAUUUGGCAUGAACCAGGAAGAAUAUCUUGAAAGAUGUAAAUACAAUAAUUAUUGAAAAACGACCAAGAUUUGAGAACAUGCUCCGUCUCCAAGCAUCAGACACCAGCUCUGAUCUUCAAUAUAUUUUUGGCACUGUUUGGUAAUAUUAUUGCGCAACGAUGGAAUCGUGGAAAAUAUAAAAUAGAAUGUAAUGCAAUUAUAAAAUUGUAAAUAAAUAAAAUAUUGAGGAGCAAAAUUACAAAAGAAACACGUAUGUACCUCCACCUGACCUCCACAUAUUUUGAAUAUUAUCGUGAUUGUCAUUAACAUUUAUUUACACAUAAAUAUAUACACCAAUUAACGUAUUAUAUAUGAUGGUUUUAGUUAUAUCGUGACAUUGUUAAAAAUAAAAGUUAUUCCGUGACAAAAAAAUGAUGGUUUUAGUUAUUUUUAAUUAAAAAUUUUGGUAACGAAUAAUUUGAUAUUUGGUUUUAUAGUGCUAAUGGCUAUAAGUUUGUAGGCUUUUAUCCCUGUAAAUAUUUUUUUCGUCGUUUCUCCCUAUUUAUAUGUAUAUUGCAAUUGUUGUUCUCUAAUAUAAUUAAUGAAAACAGUAGGUAAGCAAAACUAAAGACAAUCACAACUUCGUAGCAAUUGUGCUUCCAAAAACAAAUGUCUCUAAUCAAGAAACAAAUCAAUCUUCCUUUAUUAAUACUAAUAGGCUUUAAUCUUAAAGAGCCUAGUUUAUUAGACCAUCUUUAGCGCUGGUUCUAAUGUGGACUCUUAAGCCCAAAUUUAUUUAAAAAAUUAAAAAUAAAAGAAUUGGGCUAAGAUGUCGGUUCCUGGAAACCUUACAGAGGAGGCGCCUCUUGCUCGUCUCUUCGUCUCUCUCUCUCCCUUUCCCCACAGAGAAUCUCGAAUUUCUCAGACCAAAUUUCAUUCAUUUUUGACGGUGGUGCUGCUUGUGAUCUCCACUUGCAAUUAUCUCAAG